ACUACUUACAUCAGUUCCCCUGCCAUGUACUGGGUCCCGCUAUAAAGUACACAUGUGUCCUGCAGCAAUACCGGGAGUGGGCAAGUCGCUCAUCUGAAAGGCGUUAUGUUUGCCACAUCCACAUCAAACUCGUCGCCGAGCUUCGACUGCCUUAGCCUAGACCUUCAGGUCCACCAUCACGCUUUUGCUCCGGGACUCGACUGCUAUUCCUGUCUCGCCAUCGUACUACCGAGAGCCCGCUCUCUCCGAAACCCCCUCCCUCUCUUUCAAAUGUCUUGUCUCGACCUCCCCCAAGACUUGAGUGUCACAGGGUUGACCCCCUGUACGUGGGAGGCAUGUGUGCACCUCCCUCCUUAUGCAGGAGGUUGACCACACUGCAGCUGCAGCUGCACCAGAACAGACCUGGCCAUAGACAUCUCUUUAUCUUCUACGUCCUCCCACCAACAUUCUUGUUCCCUUUGAUUCAGCCGCGCUCUCCCACCUUUCGAUGUGACGACCUUACCUGCCGGUUGCCUGUCUACAGUCUUGGUUGUGCGACGUCUUUCGCGGCAUGAAACUGGCCAUCCCAUCGGUCAAGUUCCAACGGAUUGGCAAAGAGAGAAAGAGAAGUGCAAAGAGAUUGACAGGCCAGUUGUUGCUGGCUUGGGCCCGUCCAUUUGACUGCAGCACGACUCCAAGUAUCUCAUAUCCUCUCCAACCAUCCCCGGGCGGACGUCCCUCCGAAUCUCAAUCUUUACUCAAGUCCUAGCCGUUCCUCAAGUCACUCAGCGUCUACCGACUCGGCUGAUCAUGAGUAACCCUCGCGACCCAACCCGGUUGCGACAGGGUCUCAAUCCGCUGUUAACUCAGUCUCUGGGUUCAUAUCACGGCCAUGCCAACACCCCGCUGUCUGGCGUUUCCUCAACUUACUUGCACUCGGCCCACACGCCGGCAAGCGCAAUCCAGCCCUACAACCCGCAAGAAUGGAUAGCAUCACCUGCUACCGUUCCUGAGCGGCCUCAUCAGUUUCCUGAGCAGGGAUCACCAUUGCCUCCGCCUCCGUACAGCCCUCCACGGAGCCAGCGACCGCCGAGUGGUAGCUUUGAAUCAUCGCCAGCGGCCAAUACAUCGGCGGCACGCAUACCUCCGACGAAUCUUCACAGGCCGUCUCCGGAGCCUUGUACGAACACAUCGUUUCCCCCGCCGCCGGGCGUUAACGGUAGGGCAGGCUCCCGUGAAAGACGCUUUGGUUUCUCUUCCCUCAGAAGAAGUAGAGAACAUCAUGAAACAAGCCCCCCCGAGCCCAUGCCGCCUACCUCGCUAUCAAGACCUGCGCCUCUUCAAAUACAGAUUCCACAACAAAUGCUACAUCGCAACGAUUCCGAGUCAUCACAGGGCCCGCCUGCGGCUCGACGAGCUGCCUCUGCAAGUGCUAUUGAGACACCAACCUCGGCUCGCUCACGGUCAGCAUCACAGACAAGAUGGGAGCCAGGAAUGCCUCUUCCACCACCGCCGCCAGUGCCUCCACCGGCCUCAUCCCGAUCACAGAGUGUUCAAAGCUCACAUAGAACGACAACACCCGUGUCAUCGCCGCCCACGAGGCGGCCUCCGCCGAGCGGUGUGGCAGCCCUGGGACCAGUGCCACCAACUCCAGCAGACUGGGUUGACCAGCCUGAAGCUGCCAACCGUGCAUCUCAGCGUAGGCCAUCUCCGGGCCUGACUAUCGACACCGCCAGCGCCGCAAGCUCGACUCAGACGGGAGAGUCGAGCAACUCUGGGGCACUGAGCUCUGGCGGAAGUCUGAGCCGGGCCAGAGCAGUCCGUCAUGACAAGACCAUCGUGCAACGUCGUGCAGAAAGUCGCACUAGACACGGAGUAUCGCACAAUUCUAUAGAUGGGGCCAUCAACCCGGUUCAGCUUAGCGACAUCGUCGUUCCGAACGAAGGUGCCCUUUCUCGCCGCCUGACCAUCAGUAGAUCAACACCAAGAAGCGCAGGCCGGACAGCAAUGGACACCCCCAGAACCGGUGAGCAGUCCACAACACCACGAGCAGCGCCCGGGCCAUCUCAACGGUCUCGCAUCGAAGCCGCAACGCCGCCUUUCUCGCCUCACCCGUCAAAAGGUGCCCCAGUAGACGAUGGAUCGCCAUGCGUUGUCCCGAAGGCACUGCCAACACCUCCCCAAACUCGAUCGGCGUCCAGCUCACAAACAAGGUUCAGCUCCAUGACCCCUGCAGAUGGGCCCCCUUCGGCAUCUAUCUCGACUACCAAGCAUACCGUCAUCACACAGACUGCCGACCAAUUCUGCAGUGAGACGGUAGAACGAUUCCAAGCCUUCGCCAUGAAAGAGUCAGCGUCGGCCACCGAUGCCGAGCGAGUGCGGUUGUUUGCCGACUUUAUCGUCAGUGAGUCCAGGAUCAGGCGCGAAAGAUACUCGUCGGCAAUCGGCGCUAUGGGCUCAGAGAUAUUCGACCUGACAAGAGACCUUUUCCGCCCUAUGGUGGCGAGGCGAGAGUCCGGAGCCUCCCAGACUGAGUGGACGCCCCAGUCGUCCGAGCCUACAAGAUCGCAUCGCGGUUCGCUCAACUCCAUCUAUCGUGAGACGCCCGGAGAGACCAGUUCAGCCCCCUUAUCAGCAAACGUGCCAGGUUCGCCCAUUGGAGGGCCCGCUAACAACCUCAAUUACUCGUCCAAUUACAUGCCUUCUCUCUCCCCGAUAUUGAGUCUCAGUGUCAGCGAUAACUAUGACGGCGACUCCCGAGGUCGCCCAGCAAGCAGGUGGUGGGAAGCAGAUUCUUCAGGUGCGGGUAGUAAGCUGAUUGAGAGAUCCAAGAGGGAGUCCAAGUACAUGGGAGUGCCCAAGGAAGCACGGGAAGCGCUUCAGUGGGAGGAUAGCCCGCAAAGACAUGAUGGGUUCGCGGGGCCCAGCGAGUCGAGGUCUUCGAAUGAGUACCCUCCCGAGAAGACGGGAUGGCACGAGCCGGAGCCGGUAGUUACCCCGCAGCCAUCGAGGUACUCUGCAGACUCCCUCGGAUCUUCGGCUUCGCCCACGACGCCAAACCCUGCUCAUCUGGACGUCUCGCGUCUCGUCACUCUGCCACCGCCUUAUCCCCGCCACCACCCGGCCGUGAACAACAACCACCCAGAGCUGGCCGAGACAAGAAUGGCCGUACGCCAAAUCAGCGACCUCUCCGAGAUCGAAGCCACCAAGGAGAGGUUUCAGGUGACGAGCACCAAAAAGCGCGACGAGGCCGCGAAGGCCUCUGCUGAGCGGAGGCAUGCUCUGCGGAACAAUCUCCAGCAGGAGGUUAACGUCGGCAACAUGUCAUUCGCGGAGGCGUCGGCCAUCGAGCAAGACUCGGUAGCAGCCGAGAAAGAAAAGCUCAAGGAGCUCGGCAAGACAGAGUUUGAGCAGUUCCAGAGCCAGGUGGUGAUGCCGCUGAACGAUCUCGUCACGGGCCGCAUCGCAAAGGCCACAGAGCUCUUCGACAAGCUGGCAAGCAGUCUCUUUGACGAUGUCGCCAGCGCUGCGGACAUGCCGCAGGAGGAAGGUGAUGACAAGCCCGAACUGCUAGAGAAACUGACACUGCUCAAGUGGAUUUUCGAAGCCAGGGAGAUGCUACACCGGGCCAUCUACGACAUUCUCACAGACCGCAAUAACCGGUACCGCGACGUCGUACUGACGCCGUACCGGCUCGCGGGCAACGAGGAGAAGCUCCGCAACGCCGUGGGAUUCUUCGCCGAGGACGCGGCGAAGCGGCAGCUGGCGUUCGCGCACGAGGUGCUUGCGCGCACACAGGAGUUCCAGGCCGUCAUGGAGAUGAAUGUCAUGCGUGGCGUUGAGGUGCAGCUCUCGGCAUUCUGGGAUAUUGCACCGCCUCUGCGCCGGCUUCUGGAGAAGAUUCCGCCGUACCUAGAGGACUUCAACAUCCAGAUCCCGAUGGCCGAGUACGAGGAGAACCCGUCGUACCGCCGGCACCCGCUGCAGUAUCUGUUCAGCUUGCUGCUGCAUACGGAGAAGAGCACGUACCAGUUCAUCGAGUCGCAGACGAACCUGCUCUGCCUUCUGCACGAGGUCAAGGAGGCCGUGGCGCACGCCAAGGCCAAGGCCGUCCAAAGCGAGGCCGAGGACGGCGAGGGCAGGGAGUAUGGCGACGAAGAGCGCGAGGCGCGGGCGCAGCGCCUACGGCACGACGAGGGCCGGAUGCUGACGGACGACCUGAAGGAGAAGGUGCGCGUCGUCCAGGACCAAUGGACCAGCGCCCUGGGCGAGAACAUACGGAACGUCAAGCAGAUGCUGGGCGAGUAUCUGCUGGAGACGGGGGGGUGGGACGAGACGUUGGAAGAGGGCGGCGUUGGCAGCGUCUAGAAAACCGGAGGGGGCGAAAAAGCUCUCGAGGUGGAAGAAGAUGGGCUAUAAGUAUUAUUCAAGGCUUCAAAGACGUUGAUACCCCUUUGCGUAUGAGACGACUCUUGUUUUACAAAACCUGCAUAUUCUUGGGGAUUGAUUGCAGCAAUCCGGAAACCACUAGACUUAAGACCAGGAGACAGGAGUAAAAUUCCCAUUUCCACAAAGAUUUUCCGAGUGUGUUGUUAAUGUGUAAUAUCCUGUUCCCCAAGGAAAGGGAGGAGGAAGGUUCGCUCUCUGCCAUAUAUGGAUGAAUGUCUCUUUGGCAUGUUUUCCAACCCAAACGCCCGCCGUGUGUAAUGUACAUGUGUAAGGAGAUGCAUAAUGACAUAACAAUACACAAAAUUGACUUCCGUCGCGUGUCCGCGUCAUCGGCGAGAAGAUGGCUCUUGUGAUACUCGGUUCUCGUUUCCUAGUAGUGGCCGAUGAUGUCGGGGGAUUCCGCUGUACAGCCGAGCCUCGCGAUUCGACUGGCAUUCGUCCGCAUCUCGCGCGAUUCUUCGACGGUCUCCCGGUCGUGCCAAUCUU